AUGAGCUCGAAUCCAUCAAAGCUGCAGCUGAAGCGGGAGAGGAGGCAAGCAAAUCGGGCCCGCUUGGACGAGCAGCAGCGAGCCGCCCGAGAAGAGCAGAUCGAGCGGACCAGUGCUAUUUUUUGGAAUAGCUUGGCCGGAGAAGAGCAACGGCGGGAACUCCGCGCUUCGUUGAUCCCAAAAAUAUUCGGAGCCCCUACGGAACAAAGGCCGUUGACCAUCGAUGAUCUGCAGUCGCCGUUCCAGCAGAAGCCGAAA